AGCAGUUGCCUGUGUAGGUAGUGUCGCUUGUAUCCUUUGCUGCGGUGAAAGAAAUCUUGGAAACUUGAGUUUAGUGUUUCUUUUCACAGAUGAAGGAGACCCUUAUGGACCUAGGGUAUUCCCGAGGGACUCAAUGCUGUAUUGUGAAUAAUGUGUUCGUUUUUAGCAUAAAAAUUAAAUAAAACUAAACUGCCAGUAAGAUUAACACCAUGGAAGUGAUACAUACAUUGGACCGGGACUGUUCAGCCCUGGCUGGAUUGUUCCAAACUGUGGUCAAUGAUAUGAAGGGCAGUGGACCUAUGUGGGAGGACUUCCUGAGCCGUGCCAGCAAGUUGCAUCACGCCCUCAAGUCGACACUGGUAGCGCUCUCGGCCUUCCUCGACGCCUUCCAGAAGAUCGCAGACGCCGCUACAGGAACUCGAGGGGCAACCAAGGACGUUGGAGCCGCCUUGACCAGGAUUUGUCUGCGUCACCGCGCUGUGGAAUCUCGUGUCAAGACCCUCACCAACACCUUGAUGGAGUACGUGGUGCUUCCCCUGCAAGAGCGCGUGGAAGAGUGGAGGCGCUCACAUCACACCCUGGACAAGGACCACACUAAGGAAUAUAAGAAAUCGAGGGCUGAAAUCAAGAAGAGAACUGAAAAUGCUGCACGUCUGCAGAAGAAAGCUAAGAAAGCAGGGAAAAACUCUGAACUUAACAAGGUGUUGGAGUCCACCGUACAAGACCUGCGAGCAAGGUAUUGCGCUCUGGAGGAGGUGGAGCGAUCGGCUGUGCGUCUUGCCCUGACGGAGGAACGGGCGCGGUACUGCGCCUUCGCCAACGCCCUCAGGCCUGUGUUGGUGGAAGAAGUGGGACUGGUAAGUGAAUUGGGUCACCUACAAGAGGUCAUGACCCAGCUUGAGAAGCACUCUGCUGAUCCCCAUAUCUUACCACCAGCAAGUGAACAGGUUUUGAUGGACAUCAAGGGUGGUGACACACAGUGGUCAUGGCAAACCCCACCUUCCUCCCCAUCCUCCUUGGGAUCCCGCAAGUCCUCAAUGUGCUCCAUAUCCUCCAUUAAUUCCUCUUCAUCCUCUUCCACCCACUCCCCAUCCCAUCACACAAGGACACGCUCUGUGAGCCAGGGUACAAGGCUGGUGAGUGUGUCAUCGCAGGACUCCGGCUUUACCUCGCAGGAUACGCUCUGCCACCCCCCACACCCACACAUCUCUGCCAGCCUCCAGGCAUCAGGGUUGUCUGAGCAGUCAUGUGGUUCAGAAAACAGCACCCCCUCGCCUGCAACAUCUACUGCUACAUGGCCAAACCUAACUGAUCCAGCACUGCAUCACAAGACAACAACAACAUUAGUAGAUAGGCCACAUACUAUUUCAUCAGCUUAUGAGAAGGGGCGGGACAGGCCUCCUCUUACUGUGUACACAUUUCAGCCACCAGAAGGUCGAAGUGGACAAGUGUCCCCACAAAUCUGUUCUCAGCCAUGUAGCCCUGUAUGUCUUGAGCUGGAAAGUGGGUGUGUAAGUCCCUUGGUUGGUCACACAGCUACUAUCUCACGGCGAUCAUCUCGAACAUCAUUGCAUCAUAAUCUUUCUUCCUCCAGCCAGGAGAGUCUUACAGCUACAGGCAAGCCUAAACCUCCUGUGCCAAAUCGCUGCUCAUCACUGGAAAGACCAGCUGUUCCUGAUAAGAAACCUAGCAUUCGAACUCAGCAACAACAGCCCGUUACACCAACACAGUCACAACAGAAACCACAGGUAACACAGCCACAGACUCAGGCACAGUUGCAGCAGCCAACAUCCCAGUAUGGAGUAUCAAAGAUGGUACCAAUGGUCCCGGACUUCAACAGGGCAGCUCCAGACAUGAUUGUACCUCAGCCUGUGUACAGCAAUAUGGCUGAACUGUGUACUGGCAGCAGUGGUAAGGUUUCUGAUGAGGUGACAGAAAGCGAUGGAUUAUCUCAUGCUUCUCUCGGAUCAAGUGGCUAUGGGUCUCAACUACAGGAUGAAGCUGCAGGUUCAGAUGAGUAUGAUGCAAGCAAGUACUGCACACUUCGUCGGUACUCUGACCAGCCUCAGCUCCAUUAUCAGCCAGGGAGGGUUGUCCUUCGCAGGCACCUCUCCCAGUCAGGUACAGGUUCACCACGUACAGGAACUUUACGUAGGUCAGGCUCUCAUGGCCAGAAGCCACCGCCUCCUGUACGUCGAACACCAUCCAUAUCUACCAUCAGUACAUCGACACCACUGGUUAAUUCCUUAACAAGCUUAAAUACAUCAUCCUCAAGCACAAGUCUAAACAACUCCCCUGUACAUUUAACUUCAUCAGCAAGUAAUCUGAGUAACUGCAGUAGUGUAAAUGGUAGUAUUGGUAAUGGUGGAAGUGCAAGCCCCAGUCAGAGCAGUAGUAAUGGAAGUCCACUACAGCGUACAGAUAGUGAAUCAAGCACCCCAGUUGGAUCUUUAGAGAAUCUUCCUCCUCCUCCUGCUUUCUUACUUGAAGAUGCUACAGAAGAAUCCACUUCUGCCCCAGAUCCUGAUCUUACAACACCAGAAGGUAUAAGAUAUAUUUGUGAUCCAUUUGGGCCCCCAGCACCAAUUCAAGACAAGUGCUUACAACAGCGUGCAAUGACAGUUAGUGACACAGUAAAAAAUCUGCAGGAAAGCCAGCAUCAGCCUCCAUCACCUGUAACACAUCGUCGCUCUCAGUCUCUCCGCUCUAAUCAACCUGCCUACAAAGCUGUUCACCUUCUAGAAGAACGGAGAGUUUCCUUAGAAGAUGCAAGAGCAUCACUUAUGACUACACUUAAUGCAAAACUUGCUGCACAGAUUAGUGGUCAGCAAGUACUUCCUAAUAAGCAAGCUCAGAAGCAGACACGAGAAGGUAGUCAGUCUCCUAGAAUGAGUCGAUCUCGCCUGGGGUCAGUUCAGGAGGGUAUGACCAUGGAAAGCCCUUAUCAUUCACCAACACACCGUCAAGCAAGUAGCAGACAAGAUCAGAUUUAUACUUUUAAGCAACAACAAAUGCAGCCACAGUCAUUAUAUCAGCAUUCAACAUUCAACCAGCCUAAUUUACAUUACAUGCAACAGGCUCCAUCACAGCAAACAUAUGUUUAUGAUGAUGGCCAAGGUAAUGUGUGCCAGCCAGGACCAGUGAUCAACAAAGAUCCAAAUCAGCAAGCAUUCCUUCAAACACUUAAUGAAAAAUUGUCCCAAAGGUCACCUGGCAUAGAGGGGAGUGUAUCUCCAGGUUCUCCUCGUCUCCGUCCUAGAAAGGCUCCUGUACCCAACCCCAAACCUCAGCCUAAUGGCACUGCUGCUGGGGUUCAGUUGCAGCGAUCAGGUUCAGGUGCCAGUGAAAAGGCCUCUAAAGUGCGUCAGUGGAUUGCAAGCAAAACUUCAAGCAGUGAAAAAAAGACUAGUGCUGAGCUAGCUGCUCUACGUGAAUCACUGCAUGAUCAAAUCAAACAAGGAACAUCACUUAAGCGUGUUAAACAUGUUGCUGAUAGAUCAGCACCACAAGUUUCUUGACUUAACGUGGCAUUACUUGUCAAAAAGUUUGAAAUGUUAGAAUAUCGCAGAAAAAAAGAAAUUCUUGACUGUGUGCGAGUGUUGCCAAAGAAGCUUGAAGUUAUUAUGCCUGAUACACAAAUUUAGGUGCAAAUUCUUACAUUUUGCUUAACUGUUUAAUAAUAUAUUUUGUUCAGAUCUUAAAAGAGAAUGGUAGAACUUUACAUGGUAUAUAUACAAGGUGAAGUUCAUUAAUGAUAAUAAAUAUAGGUAGAAAGAUGUUGUCAACUGGAAUAAAUGUUGUAAAAGGAGUAUUUCACAUAUAAUCACACAUGUUAAGUCUGCUUUUGGAAAUGUUUUUUGCAAGUCUUGGUGUCAUAGACUAAAAAGGUAAAACUAUGUUUAGUAAUUCCAAUGAAGUGUUGUAUUACUUAAUCAACAGAAUAAUAAGAUUUACUUGAAGAGUUGGUACAAAAUGUCUGUACCAUGAACUUGAAAGCACAUGAAAUUUUUCAUUUUGACUGUGCAGGAAAUUUAUAUCUUUUGGUAUUUGUAUGCCUUACUUGUGUUGUGUAUGUGUAUACAUAAGUUUGCAUGCAUUCAUGAGAGAAAGAGAGAAACAGUGAAUAAAGCAAGAGUACAUGUGUACAUACAGUUGUCAUUGUGUGUGUAUGAGUGUAUAUAAAGAAAAGUAAACUAUUUAAUUGAAAGUCAUUAUUGGUAGUUCAUGAACAAAUACAGAUGGCUGCAGAAAAAUUACCAUUUAUGUUCAAACCAUAUUACACAGUCACAGAGACAUGUAUGCUAAAUAUCAUAUAUACAGAAUGAUUCAGUUUGUAAACGGUAUUUGGAAAACUAUGCAACUCUUAAAAAUGCAGAUUUGGUAAGGAGAAGCAUGCAUUUUGAUAUUGAUACUAUUUUUCUCUUGGAGUUUAAGAAUGUUUGAGGACAAAGUAUUUUUCAUCAGAUGGAAGUCAUUAUUAUUACUUUUUAAUAAUAACAAUAACAAUAAUAAUAAUAAUAAUAAUAAUAGUAAUAAUAAUAAUACUAUUAAUAAAAGUAACAACAACAAUAGUAAUAGUAAUCAGUCCACCAUAGAACUAAGCUUGCUUUAUUGUAUAUUAUAUUAGCUCCUAAAAUCAUACUCCUUAAUAGUACUAAUCACAUUUCUUUAAGGUAUGAUAAAGAUUGCAUUAUAUUUUCUAUGUUUGAAUACUUAAGUAACUUUGUGAAAUUGCACACAUUUAUGUUAAAGCUGUGGCUGUAAGACAAAGUUACCAGAUGUAAGGAAAUGAUCUUGCCUACUUUGGCAUAUGGUGUGAUCAUACUUUGACAUUUAACCCGAAACCACCGGGGAUGGCAUGUACAUACUUGCAAUCCCCACUGUGAGUUUAAUUUAUUAACUGUUUUUACAUAAUUACCGUCACCAAUGAGCCAGUUAUGAGUACUAUUUGUCUCACCUGUUUACCCCUUUCCUUGAUUUUCAGAAAUAUUUUCUGGUAUCUAAUAUUGCUGUUAGUAAUGUCAAUAAUACUAUAAUAAUUAUAAUGUCUAUAAUAAAAAUAACAGCAUCAAUAGUAAUAGCAUUAGUAAAAAAAUGUUUACCUGCAAAUUCAAGGAAAUGUGAAAUCAGGUGUGGUCACAAAGUCUACUAAUUGACUCCCUUGUGGCUAAGCACUUAAAGAACCAUCUAAGUGCAGUGAACACAACAUUUCCCUGGAGCCUUUGUGUUAAGAAACCAGUGAAAUAUAUGUUUUCAGCAUUUCUGAAAGCAAAGAAAUUAGAAUCAGAGAUGAUAAUGCAUCUUUGUUACUGAGACAUAUCCAACCAUAUAUUAAAACAGUCAAUAGCUUAUUAUUAAAGAAAGAAAACCCAAUAUUCAAAAUAAAAUUUCUGUUUGCAAGAUUUUUUUUUUUCUUUUUUUUUUUUCUUUUUUUUUCUUUUUUUUUUUUUUUCCUCCCAGUUAGUGAUUUUGGGUAAAAGUAUGUUUGGUUAUCAUUUUCUUGCCAUUCAUUUUCAUGGUACAGAACAAUGGAAUGUAAUUAAGAUAUGUAGAUACUGAACUGUAACAACUCCAACUCUAGUCACGUAUACAGUCUGAAGAAGAUAAAAGAAGUCCUAAAAUUUAAAUGUUAGGUAAUGUGCAUGAGAGUUUCCAUUGUAUUUUCUUGUAUAUAUCAGAGGACAUAUCAUAUUACGUAGCUACAGAAGAAAAAUAUUAUAUGUAUUGUAUUUACAUAAAUGUAACUUUAAAAUUAGCAUUAAUAAUAAUCUUUGCAGUGAUUUCUUAUAUUUUAUGUGGGCCAUUAUUGAAAGAGAAAUCUAAUUGGAAAUAAAAAAUCCUUUUGCAUGGAAAGUAAAUUAAAACAUUUAAACUCUUGGACAUCACUUAUUUCUCCACUGCUCCAUAGUGAUUACUAUGGCAUUAAGUUUGUUUGGAGGCACAAAUUGUUUCUUUUGCAGAUGAGAAGUAAGUUACUUCAACUUGUGAUCCUUUGAAAAUACUGAUUUCAAAGAAUAUGAUAGUGAAGUGAUUGAUGAUUUCGACAGAGUUUUUUGAAUGAAAAAUGUGUCUUUGUCAUAGGCACUGUCAAAUGGGUUAUUUUCUGUAUAAAAGAGAAUAGUCUUUUUUUUAAGUUUCAUUCAUAUCUCAUAAUGCGGCAAUCUCAAACUAUCACUAUCAUAGCAAAUGUCAGGUGUGUUAGUGCCUUUCCUUUUUCAGUGCUCAUUGCGUCCAUAAGAAUCAAAUGCUCUUAAUCCAGUGUUUCAUAUGGAGGAGAGUUUUGAUAAUGAAAAGUAAAGUUUUUAACUGGCUCAUCAAAUGGCUCACUAGGGUGAAUGUAUGCAUGUGUGGGCCAUAGAAAGAACUGUCACAUUAAAUAAAUACUGAUCUAGACAAGUAGAUCAGGUCCCCUUGAUACCAAUUUUGUAAUACAUACAUGAUAUCCAUCAAUACAGGAAUGUUGCUUACAUACAGUCAAUCAGUUCAUAUUUGCUUCUAGAUCAUACUUUGUCAGAUAAUAUAUGCUAGAUGAAGACAGGUAUAAAUAAUACUUACUUUUUCAUUGCUAUAAGAAAAGUCUUGCUCUAAAGAAUGACACAAAAAAAUAUGUGUUAGGUGGCUGAUUGCUAAUAUCAUGACUAGACUGCAGGCCCAAAUACAAGUCCAGUGCCCACCUGAAGUUCUCAUUUCAUACUUAUCUAUAUAAAUGUACAUACUACUAUCUUCAUUAUUAGGAUUAAUAUUUCUUUUGUAUGACAAUAAUUAGUUUUUGAUGGAAGAUUUUUCUGCAAUGUGGUUUGUGUAUAAAUAUGUCAUAGGAUAUAAAAUAAAAUAAUUGCAAAACCUA